AUGCCGGUCGUGCGCCGCGCGUGGAGCUCGAGUGGCCAAAGCAUUGCCACCGUCACCGCCGGGGCCGGCACCACCACCACCACCGGCACCACCGCCGCAGCCGCCGCAGCCGCCGCAGCAGCCACUUCGGGCAGCGCCCAAGGGGGACAAGGCGAAACUCAGAUGGGGAUGAGCGCUCCUGCAGGCGAGGGGGAGGCGCAAGAGGAGGGUGGGGAGCAGGGUGGGCAGCAGUGCGGAGAGCAGGGUGGCGCGCAGGGUGGAGACGAAGAAAUGGGAGCUGGUGGGGAAGGGAAAGGAGGACAGCAGCAAGCUCCAGGGACUGAGGCUGCCGAGGGAGGCGAGGAGGCGGGAGCACCGCGAGCACAAGCACUAGUCGAGGAGGCCACCACGUUCAUGCCCCUCGACGACCCCAUCGACAUCGGGCUCGGCGCAGCAGGGACGAUGGACCCGCCCGCUGCUUCGCAGCAGCCACGCAAGUCGAUCUUCUCGACGCCGUGGCAAGAGUGGUUCAGCUCAAUUCCAGACGUGACGCGAGAGCUCCUGGCGAUCCGCCAGGCUCAUUCGAGGACGGAGGUCAAGAUCCUCCGCGACGCCAUGGUCGCGGCAAGGACGAAGAACGCUCUGGAGGACGCUACCUCGGAGUUCAACUCGGCCUCCCUCGUACCCAAGCCUGGCCAAGAAUCCUUCUCUCGCCGCAUGGAGCGCAUCCAGUCUCCAGGCGGACAAAUGCUGCUGCGCGAUCUUCAAGCAGCAGUCUACAUCGUCAAGCUGAGGAUCAGCACCAAAUCCUCCGUCUGCGCGCCUGGGCUCGUCGACCUAGACACCUUCAGCCGCGCACUCACCACCCUCCAGCAAGCUCUCCUCUGCUGCUCUUCACUCGCACCAUUCUACAUCAGGUCCGCACAAGACGCCAAGGAGCUCUUGGAGAAGUACCCGGAGCUCGACGCGCGCAAGAGCAAUUCUCGCGGGCUGUAA